AUGCAAAGCGGUAGAGCAACAGAAAAGACUGAUGUUUAUAGUUUUGGGGUUCUGGUUCUUGAAGUAGUGAGUGGACCGGAGCAAAUCAUCUCGGUUGGGAAUCCAGUUGUGAAGAGCUUCUCAUCUGGUAAAAGAGAAGGUGGAGAUUCUGUAGCAGCUUGUUUACCACCUAAAGGGGAAUGGAUUUACUGUGCUGGUGAAGAUAGAAAUAUGUACUGCUUUAGCUACCAGUAUGGUAAACUGGAGCAUCUAAUGAAGGUCCAUGAGAAGGAUGUAAUUGGUAUCACACAUCACUCCCACAGAAACCUUGUCGCGACAUAUAGCGAAGACUGCACGAUGAAAUUGUGGAAGCUUCCUCAGUGGGUUGUUAUGGCUGUUAGCUUAUUAAUCAUCGUGUAUUGAAAUUUGCAGGUACAACAACAGGUGCCUUACAUCACUACUGCUUUGAUGGAUGCGAAGCUUGGCACGAAAGGGCGCAAGGAUCUUUUUGAUUGGCUAUCAAGGCAACUUAGUGUAUUAAAACUUAGAAUAUGAAUUAUGUAUUGUGUUGAAUAGUUAAUGAAUUAAAACUUAGUGGAUCUUUUUGAUUGGCUAUCAAGGCAACUUAAUGUAUUGUGUUGAAUAUGAAUUGAAAACUUAGAAUAGUUGUAUUGUGUCGAAUGUUAAUGAGUUAUGUAUUGUGUCGAAUGUUAAUAAUUCAGUUAAUUUGAAUGAUGCUUUAAAAUUAUAAGUUUAUUAUGGAUUGAUUGAAUUAUAACAUCA